AUUCACAUCGAUCGAAAUCUAACCUCUAGCUAACAGUUAGCUAUAUAUACUAUACUGGAGUAGCUAAUAUCUCCUACCUUCGUCCGCGAUCCACCGACGAUGAGGGAGCUGAUCCGGCGGCUUAGCUUCUCGGACCGUGUGAGCGACGGCGGCAGCAGCGUGCCCCGCGGGUGCGUGCCGGUGCUGGUGGUGGGCGACGGCGACAACGACGAGGAAUGCGAACGGUUCGUGGUGCGGGUGGAGACGCUGCGGCACCCGUCGUUGGCGGCGCUGCUGGAGAUGGCGGCGCAGGAGUUCGGGUACAAGCAGGAGGGCGUCCUCCGCGUGCCCUGCGCCAUCCAUCAGUUCAGGCAGGCGCUCACCACCGCCGCCGUCUCCAAGGACUACUGAAUACUGAUUAUCGUCUCAUAGUUAAUCAACCGGUCGAUUUGUUCGGGUAAUUAAAGAGCGAUUCUUUGGUGCUGUUGACUAGUUGACUCCUAAGCCUCUCGUCUUCUCUUUUGCCUUUUUUGAUUUCUCUGGUUGGUGAUUGACAUGCAUGACAUGAGA